CAGCAAACAGUUCGGUGACUCGCUCGUUCGGGAAACUACAUGUUCCGCUGAGGGAGGAUUGGUCGUCGGUGCUCUCAAACUCUUAAGCCAUGAAUCGACGUAAUCGCGGCACUUCUUCUUCGGGAUCCGGCGGCGGAGCUAAUGAGUCGUUUCGGAGAAGAUCCGAUCUACCACCACACAAACGAAACAAUGAAGCAGAUAAUAAUAAUAGUAAGGGUGCUGACGUGGCCUUCAUCGUCGGAACCUGCUCUUCUAUGUGUCCAGAGCGGGAAAGAGUUACAAGAGAACGCUUGCGCGAUCUCUCAGUGUUUGAGAGGCUCUAUGGAAGCCCCACUAAAUCAUCCACAGAUCUAGCUGUCAAAAAGUUUUGCAGAACUCUUUCAGCAGCUGAUGUUCAGUCAUCGGAUGUAAGACCACUCCCGGUUUUAGAAGAAACCCUCAGAUACCUUCUAAGUUUGCUGGACUCAAGAGAGCACCCCUUUGAAGUGGUUCAUGAUUUUAUUUUCGACAGGACAAGGUCUAUUAGACAAGAUCUUAGCAUCCAGAAUUUAGCCAACGAGAGAGUGAUCUACCUUUACGAGGAAAUCGUUAAAUUCCAUGCCAUAUCUCGCCAGAGGCUUCAGGGUUGUAGUGGUGCAAAUAUUAGCUCAAUGCAUCACUUGAAUAUGGAGCAGCUAGCAAAAACUCUCACCACUUUGUAUAACAUCUAUGAUGCAAAUAGGAAACCAGAUCACAUCUAUGAAAAUGAAGCAGAGUUCCGAUCACUCUAUGUUCUGCUUCAUCUAAAUACCAGUAGUGGAGUGAUGGGGGAACCAUUGUCUUUGUGGUUUCGCAAGUUGACUUCUAAUUUAAUCAAAUCCAAGGAAAUGUGCUUUGUACGGAACCUUCUAAGGUCGUAUAGGAAUGGUAAUUACAAGAAUUUCCUACGAACAACGGCUUCUGAAGCGACAUACUUGCAGUAUUGCAUAAGUGAACCCCAUAUUAGAGAGAUGCGAUCAUUCGCUGUGGAAUGCAUAAACAAUGUUUGCUACAAGCUUCAACCAUAUCCUCUCUUGCGGUUAUCGCAGAACCUGAUGAUGAAGGAGUUGGAUGUUGAAUAUUUAUGCCAUGAGUGUGGUCUUGAGAUACGUACUGAUUCCGAUGGGUGCAUUGUAUUGCCAACGAAACAGACAAGCUUCUGCAGUCCAAAGGAAGGUUUUAAGAAUUAUGAUCUGAUUGGAAUUGAAAUUGAGAGGUUGUUGUGAAACACACAUAAGACAUAACAAUGCAAGUCGUAUCCUCAGCUUGUACUGUUCUGCUCGGUUUUUAAAAUUGAACACGAGAGGGAGAGCAGAGACAUGCUGAUAUAAACAAAAAGUCACUAAGAUUUGUUUUGAUCUUUUUGAUUCGAGACUUCAAAAGGUGUAACCAUAGUCAUAAGAGUUUU